AUGGGGUGUGUCAUCAAUCACCUUGGUGACGUCUCGAGCGGUGCCGAUGUGCCCAGUGAUGAGCACAAUGAUGCAAAUUGCAAUGACGAGAACAAGAAUGUUGACUACGAGGAUAGCAAAGAGGAUGAGACCGAUGAUGAAUACCAGUCUGCAUGUGACGAAAGUGGCUACGAUACCGCAUGCGACGAUAUGGACAUGGAUACUAAUGAGGACACGGCAGACAAUCACGACGACAUGAGUGAGAGCAAAACGGAUAAUAACGAGGCACCUCACAAAGAGGAGGAAGACCACCAUGCUGUAGAAGAAUUCAAAAUCGAUAACGACGGCCUGAGCUUUAAUCGUGAUGAUAAAGAACCCUACAUAGAUCUCAUUUUCACGCCCUUCGGUACCUUAGAUUCGCGUGGGAAGAUGCUUAUGGAACGUACACUCCACGCUCAGCUCGGCGUCAUGAGCGCCGUGGGCGUCGUCCUCGCCUACGCCGCGCUCGCCGUCGCGGUGGUCCGGCUGGUGCUCUCGUACCGAUCGGCCAUCUACGCGCUGCACCGGCUCUGGCGGUGGGGCGACGAGUGGGCGCAGGCGUACCAGUACCACGAGGUGCCGCGCCGCGUCUCCAUCGACGGCGGCGCCGAGAGGGACAACCCACUGUUCGCCAAGGCCGCGGCGUACGUCUCCUCGCUGCCGUCGCUCGAGGACGCCGACGCCGCCUCCGUGCUCUCCUCCUCCGCGUCGCCCAGCAAGAAGACCAACGGUGGCUUCUCGCUCCACCUCGGCCCUGGCCACACCGCUCGGGACGCCUUCCAGGGCGCGCGCCUCGCCUGGACCUACCGCCCUGCCCGCGACGAGCACGACGAAGCCCUCGUGCUGCGCGUGCGCCGGCACGACAGGACCCGUGUGCUGCGGCCGUACCUGCAGCACGUGGAGUCCGUGGCCAACGAGAUGGAGCAGCGUCGGCGCGAGCUGCGGCUGUUCGCGAACGCCGGCGGCGUGGACGCGCGCACGGGCGCGCCGCGGUGGGCUUCGGCGCCGUUCACGCACCCGGCCACGCUCGACACGGUGGCCAUGGACCCGGACCUCAAGGCCCGCGUCCGCGCCGACCUCGAGGCCUUCGCCAAGGGCCGCGCCUACUACCACCGCCUCGGCCGCGUCUGGCGCCGGAGCUACCUGCUCCACGGCCCGCCCGGCACCGGCAAGUCCACCUUCGCGGCGGCCAUGGCGCGCUUCCUCGGCUACGACGUGUACGACGUCGACCUGUCCCGCGCGGGGGACCUCCGCGCGCUGCUUAUGAGCACCACCCCGCGCUCGCUCAUCCUCGUCGAGGACCUCGACCGGCACCUGCUGCACAAGGGCGAUGGCGACGCGGAGGCGAGGGUUCUGAGCUUCAUGGACGGCGUCGCCUCCUGCUGCGGUGAGGAGCGCGUGAUGGUGUUCACGAUGCGCGGCGGGAAGGAGCACGAGGGCGUGCCCGCGGCGGUGCUGCGGCCGGGGAGGCUGGACGUGCACAUCCGCUUCACGCUCUGCGACUUCGAGGCCUUCAAGGCGCUGGCCAGCAGCUACCUGGGGCUCAAGGACCACAAGCUGUACCCGCAGGUGGAGGAGGGCUUCCACGCCGCCGGCGACCGCCGCUUCAGCCCCGCCGAGCUGGGCGAGAUCAUGCUCGCCAACCGCGGCUCCCCGAGCCGCGCGCUCCGCACCGUCAUCACCAAGCUCCAGCGCGCGUCCGUGUCGGGCGUGCCGCCGCGGCUGCCGCACAGGCGGAUGACCAGCUGGUCCGGGGCCGCGCAGUUGGAUGCUCCUGCCAGGACGGAGGUGGCGGAGGAGGAGACGGGCGGUGGGCUGUUCGGGAAGGACGCGCCCAUGAGGGAGUUCAAGAAGCUGUAUGGGCUGAUCAAGGUCAAGAGCCGGAGGGAGGGCGCCGGCGUCGUGCCCUUGGAUGACGACGCGCCAACGCCAACGGCGUUGAACGUGCGCGGAUCGGGCAGCAACCACGACAAGGAACGCUGAUUUUGGUUAGGCGGUUCUAGGCAAGAACACAACACUAGUACACGUCCAGCAGGAGCACAUUUUUGUCAGUCUUUUUUCACACGACACGCCAGUAGAGUAGUAUACUGUAGUAAUGACACGUCGAUGUACAUGAAGAGGCAAGUCAUACCUCAUCAGGCUUGUGGUUUGAAUUUGAUUAGACAAAUUUACAAUGUGUGGAAGAAAGAGGACAAUCUUAGGAGAAAACAGAGGAAAAUCUUGAAAUUAA